AUGUCGAAAGCGGUUUUGGUUGUGGUCCUCUGCUUUUUACCGGUUCUCGCCAUGGCGAUUCGUCCCAACAAGAACCCUUUCGUCGUACGUGGCCGUGUCUAUUGCGACACUUGUCUCGCUGGUUUCGAAACUCCUGCCUCUACUUACAUCCCUGGUGCGGUGGUUAGAUUGGAAUGCAAAGACAGGAGAACAAUGGAGUUAAAGUACACGCACGACGCCAAAACCGAUUCCACAGGAUCAUACAAGAUCUUGGUCAGUGAAGACCAUGAGGAUCAGUUCUGUGAUACAAUCUUAGUUAGUAGCUCUCAGCUACGCUGCUCCAACGUCUCUCCUGGCCACGACCGCGCCCGCGUAACCCUCACCCGCUUCAAUGGCAUCGCUUCCGACGAACGUUUCGCCAACAACUUGGCGUUCCUGAGGGAUGCAGAGCUUCCAGGUUGCUCAGAGAUCAUGAAACAAUACCAAGAAACCGACGACUAA